AGCUCACGAGCUUACUUUCUCUCAGUGACUAACUUUGACAUAUUCAACAAGUCAGCUGUGAAAACACACCAAUUAGUUUUUUCUCGAACUGCCGUUAAAACCGUAAAAGACGACACCGCCGAGCCGCUCGAUCCGUACACAAAAGCAACGGACACCGCCGCUACAGGUUUGGGGGCGGAGUCAAACAGCUGGAUACUCCAGAGUGUCUCGUGGCGGCGAAGCAGCGAAACCCCCCCACCCCCUCCCCACAACCCAAAGCGAAAAACGGCUAACGGGAUCUCAGUUGUUCAGGAAAGACAAGACAGGAUUUGACACAAAAGUAAGACUCCUUCGUGGCUCGUGUCCCGCGUGGAAUAGUUGCUGGUUCCCAGAGGGGUUGAGGGGUCAGCGUACUCAAAGUUACCAAUAAAAAGCAGCAGGAACUUGCUCGCCGACACGGAGGCUUAAGGUGAGGGACGUCGGUCACGGAUUUUCUUUUGAUGUUCGUCGUUGCUGCUAGCUUGAUCCGUGAAGCUAAAAGGACACAUCAGUCCUUGUCAGUGUUCCCUCUACUUAGCCUCCACCUUCAAGAAAAUGAAUCAGUUGGUGGCAAUGCAGAUGUCCGUCACACUCAGUUAAAUGUUAAUACUACUCGAGCAGAUAUUGCUCGGCUGGCCAAAGAGGAAAAAGAAGAAAGGGGCUGCUCAAGGUGUUGGAAGAUGUCUCUCUGGAUGAUACUGCCCGUUAGCCUCCCAGUUUUGACCAUCACUGGGAUAUGGGUUGUGUAUGCCAUGGCCCUGUACAAUCAACAUGUCUGCCCUGUGGAUAACUGGUCAUACAACCAGUCAUGUGAAGAGGAUCUGUAUUUGCAGAGUGGGCCAACCUUUUGCUGCACACUAGACAAUGUACCUCUCAUCAGUAAAUGUGGGACUCUUCCCCCUGAGAGCUGCUUCUUCAGCCUUAUCUGCAGCACAGGCUCAUUCAUGGUUGCGGUGAUUGUGCUGCUCCGCUAUGCCCAUGUCAUUGAGAAGCACCAGAAUUGUGUUCUCAACACGGCGAGUCUCUCCACAGGCUGGAUCUGUGCCGCUGGACUUAUCAUGGUGGGAAACUUUCAGGUGGAUAAUGCCAAAGUUCUCCACUAUGUCGGAGCAGGCAUCGCCUUCCCCACCAGUAUGCUGUUUGUGUGCCUGCAGUCGGCACUGACUUACCGACUCGCCAAGACCCAGGGGGAGUACAACGUGGCCCACCUCCGGCUCUGCAUGACCCUGCUGGCCUUCGUAGCCUUGGUCCUCAGCGGUGUGUUUUUCUGUCAGGAGAGCUUCGUCCUUCAACAUAAUUCCGCCAUCUUCGAAUGGGUGUUCUGCGUCAUCAUCAUGCUGUUUUAUGGGACAUUUGCCUUUGAGUUUGCUGACAUGUCAUCGGAUACCAUGGUUGUGCUGGCGAGAGGUCCUGCUGGGAAAGAACACAAGGUGGACUCACUGGGAUCACUGGGAGGGCCCAUUUUACACUUGCGUCCACACCAACCUGAAAACAUGUCCAUACUCUAGACUGCUGGCUCAUCUUGGCUACACAGUUGGUUUGUUUAUUCCUCUGGAUGUUGAAAGAGUUUUUCAUUUCCAGCCACAUUUGUCUGAAGCUUUGAAAAGAAGCAGGCCGGUGCAGUCAACGCUCAGGGCAGAGUGGACCCCUGGGGUGUAGACCUGCUGCCACAGUGGAGAGUUUAGUUUGUAUUAUGCUCACAUCCGAGCUCAGUGUCUCUAAAGAACUUUGUUUGUAUUUUGCACAUUGCACAAGUGUGAAACCAAAUUUUCUCCCAACUCAGUCCUGUGAUCAGCAGAGGAGUACUUUGUCAGAGCAACCAAAUGUCCUGCUCCCCCUGAGAGCCUGUACCGUGUCUCAAUAAGUGGCCUUGGACUAUUUCCCCUAGAGGCGACGGCUAUGAUUCUUUCAAUGUACGUAAAGGAGUCACGGCUGCUGGGCGGCUAAGCUAACUAUUAAGACUGAGAACAGCAGAGAGAGAGACAUGGUGAUGAGUGUUACAGGAGGAACACGGUCAUGCUUAUUUUCCCACUAGAAAAUGGUAGAAUGCAAUAAAUAUAUAGAAAGGGUGUCGAUGCAAGGGGAUAUACAUGUUUUCGUCAAUCUUGGAGAUGGAACAGGGCAGCGCUCUGCAUUUGGCAAUCAUUCAAAUCGGCAUUAACAAUAUUUUUUAGAUUAACAAAUCAAAUAAGUAAUGUCACGGAAUUCUUCAUAGUACUGAAUCCUUGAGAAUUAUCACUCUACUCUACAAAGAUUGUAGCUGCUUUUAGCGGUUUGGGAUAUUCAGCCUGCAUAUUCAAUUAAGCGGAUAACGCUACUUUUGAGCCACAGUUAAGAGUGUAUUGUAAAGAUAGUAGACAAUUUGGCUAUCUGGAGGGACAGAGUUUUUUUCUGAGGAGUUGGUUAACCAAGGCUAAACAGAAAGGGAAUAUUUGUCUCAUAUUUUGCAGGUGGCCAUUAGGAUGAUAACGUUGCUCUGUGUCUGCUGCAUGUGCAAGUAGACAUAGGCGUUAGCCAUAGCAAUUUAUGUUGCUUAGGCUUCGGUCAAAAAUUGCUAAAUUCUGCUUUUAAAAAUAAACACUAUCAACAACGUGUUUUAGAUCAGAAACUCCGCCUAUGUAAGCCCAACUUAAAAAAGAAAACGUCCAUGGGACCCACACCUAGCACACAUUGGCUUUUUGUUGCUUUUGGGGGUGUGCCAUAUCAUUAUUUUUACUUAUUUGAACAAACCAAAGACCUGGUGCCUCAUUAGGUCUAACCUUUAUGAUACAAUGUCUUUUCCCCUUGCCGCUAGGAUAAAUACACUAGAUCGACCUUGAACCUCACAAUGAUUCAACUUUCUCUCUGUAGAGUUCCAACGAAGAAUAUGAAAGAGAGAUGAUACAGUGUCCAGAGGCUAAAUGCGUACCAGCUAAUUCAAGCCAGAGCACCAGGGUUUAUUGAGUUUAGUGAGGAGGCAUCAUACGUGUUUUCAGGUCUGUGGACGUAGGUCUGCAUCUCAUUACUCCCCAACAAGGAGCAAAACACGCUGUCAUUGCUUUGCCUUCUUACUCUUUCUUUCAACCUUCCAUAGUUAGUGUUGCCAGCAUGUCUAACUGAUGUAUAAAGGGAAAAGGAAGGAUUUGUUAUUCAAGACAUAACUGAGUUGCACUGUCCUGCCGACAUGUUACUGUACAGCAGGAUACACCCAAUACCAUUUCCCCCUGAGUUUAUCUAUGAUUAUUAUGAUGAUGAAUGAGAGCAAUAAGAUGGAGACGUAGGCAUUGACUGCUCUCGUGGAGGAGCAGGGACAGAUGGUUGCAUGCAUGCCUGGGAGUGCCAGGAAUACCAAAGUGGAUAUUUGUCACGACCAUUUCGUUUACAUUGAAAAAUGAUCCCUGCUAAUAUCGACAUAUUUUGAUAUCCAUCAGUGUAGUUUUAAUUUUAUUUUCGCCUUGUCUUUUUCUCUCUGUGCUUUUGUUGACGUUCUCUUAACAUUCUGUGCUGUGUUGUUUUACAGAGUUGUGCCAGAAUUACUGUUUAUAUUUGUUGGAAAUGUUCAACAUCUCUGUGUAAUAUUAACACACUCUGAGCUCUAAGGGGGAACAAAACAGAGCCUGCAGAGGGUUUACAACAGUAAUAGUCUCAUUAGUACACUUUUAUACAGUGGAGAUAUUACUCCCUCAUACCACAACCGGCCACAUGUUGGGCAGAGUUUUACAAACUGUCACAGGAAACUGAAAGUGGAAUCGUGCACACUGCUCUGGAAUGAGCUGGGCGUUGGAAACAGCUCUGAUCAAUUGCCUCUCCCUACUGGUCAAACUGCGUAUUGCAUUUAAGCUGUAAUGUCGUUGCCCGGGUCACAGGAGGACAUUUUUGUAUCCACAGUAGAGAGUAUUUAUUCACCUUUAGGCCAAAUCUGCUGUAGUUGUACUUCUAAAGUUAUAAAGAAGGUUGAGCAAAGUCUGAAGACCGCUUGACCUCCUGCCUGUGCUUCUGAAUGUAGUUCAGCUGUGAUCUUCAGAGUUUUCUCCCCGGCAUCCCUUUUAAGUGGAACUUGGCCUUGUGAGCAUCCAGUACUUUUACAAUAUGCAUUCUUCUCACAAAUCACAGCAACUGUUUGAUGCAUUUUAAGUGUUAAGCUAAAUGAUGGUGCUGCUCAUCAUGUUCUCAUGACACAUUUACUAAAGGUUUUUACUUUUACUGAAUGGUUUACGCAUGUAAAGAAGUGAUGCUGUUUCCAGUUAAACAUUACAAAAAUUGUCUUUUGAAACAUUUUGUAAUUGUCAGAUUCACAUUGUGCAAUCUCUGUUGGGCGUCCGUCUCAUCAUUUCAUAUCAACUUCUCUACUUUCGUUCCUUUUGUUCACAUUUACUGAUCUGUCUGACCUUUGCACUCAGGAAGAUGUUACGACACCAGCUGCAUUGUUUGAUUCAAAGCAGAAUUAAUUCUGCCUUCUGUUGUCUUUAUUUCAAUGGCAUUUGUUUUGUUCAAAGACGGUUUGUUAUGUUAAUAUGUUUGGCUUAAUAUAGAUGGUUAGCCAUGGUAUAAUAGAUUAUUUUUGUUAAUCAAGACUCUAUAAUGCUUAAAAAUAAACAUUCCUGUAUAGUUAGCUUGUCAGAAUGCUUAUGCUGCUCACGCCAACAUGGUUUAAUAUCUGCAAGAUACUCACUUAUGCAAUCAGUAAAUGAUUGGUGGAAGCAUUUUGACAAACUAGCAGCUGUUACUCAAUACUUCUGUUGAAAUGCAAAAAGCUCCUUAUGUGCCUUAUAUAUUAUUUUGAUAAUGAAAACGAAAACCAAAGAAGUUUAGGUUGUAAAUUCUAUUUUGAUGAAAAGUUGUGUGUGCGUGUGUGUGUGUGUGUGUGUGUGUGUGUGAUAUAUAAAUGCCUUAAUGUUCAAUAAAUAAAAACUGUU